CCUCCUCCUCACUGUUUACUCUUCCCUUUCACCUCCCCCGUCCCCUCCCCUUCCCUCUCCCUCUCCUCCGCCUCCUCUUUUCCUCCGCCCCCUCUGCCACUCCCUCCUCCUCCUCCUCCUCCUCCUCUUCCCGGCAGACGCCACUAGCACCCCUUCCUUUUUUAUUCGAUCCCCACGCCACCAUCACCCGUUUUCACCGUCUCCGUUCUGAGCACUACUGAAGGAAUGGCCCGAUUUAAGAACAAGAACAAGAAGGCACUUGCGAGACCGGUGAAGAAUCAGCCGAGCGUGGAUCAUAUUACCGGCCAAAAGAUCCCGAAAAGUUUCGUUUUCUCGAGGGGGAAACUACCGGGUCCUCUUAGGGAUUUGGAAUUGGAUCUCCGGAAGCUUAUGCUCCCGCAUACCGCUUUAAAACUAAAGGAGAAGAAAAGGAAUAAACUCAAAGACUUCUUGAAUGUUGCUGGGCCUAUGGGUGUCACUCAUUUUCUCAUGAUAUCAAAUCCGAAGAGCGUUCCCCAUUUGCGUGUUGCAAGGACACCACAAGGUCCAACAAUUACCUUUGAAAUACAGGAGUAUGCAUUAGCUGCUGAUAUUGCUCGAUCCCAGGCUCGUCCAAGUUGUCCUAAAGAACUAUUUAGUAAUUCACCCUUGAUUGUUCUUUCUGGUUUUGGGAGUGGAGGUCAGCACCUGAAGCUUACAACAAUCAUGUUUCAGAACAUUUUUCCAGCCAUUGAUAUAAAUACUGUUAAACUUUCUUCAUGCCGAAGGAUUGUUUUGUUAAAUUACAACAAUGAAACCAAGCUGAUUGAUUUUCGGCAUUACUCCAUUCGCUUACAACCCAUUGGUGUCUCUCAGAGGAUUAGAAAAUUUGUUCAGAAGCAUGAGGUGCCAGAUUUGAGGAAUCUGCAGGAUGUUAGUGACUUUGUGACCAAGGCUGGCUAUGGCUCAGAAAGUGAAGCUGAUGAGGAAUCAGCAACUGUAAGUUUGGUGAGUGAUCUUGGUAGAGUAAACCGUGCAUCUACCAAAAGUGCUGUUAGACUUCAGGAAAUUGGACCCAGGAUGACACUUCGUUUGGUCAAAAUUGAGGAAGGAUUAUGCUCUGGAGCUGUUAUAUUCAGUGAGUUUGGAAAAGAAGCUGAUGAUGCACAUGAAGAAGAAGAUCAUGAAGACUAGUUUCUUAACUUGCCACACACCUACGUGAUCUUGGAUCAGAAGCCAAAACAUGUUGGAAACAUUCAGCAUCUAAUUUAUCCUUUUUCUUGAAUGUGAUAUUUGUUUCUAAAAUUUUGUAUGUUUCUGUAUUGUCAAAGAUGGCAAUUUGGACGUGGUGGUGGUCUUUUUUUUUGGUUAAUUACAUGAGGUGAAGUUGGUGGAUGACAUGAUGUUAAUAUUAUGUGACAAUGAGCUGCAACUGCAGUAUCGAUGCUUUAGGGAUAAAUUUACUUGUGAAAUAUGCUAAACUUAAAUUUAGAAGAACGGAUACCAAAAUCAUUGAUA